AUGACUGUCACCAAAACUGAAAAACGCUCGAUUAUCUCAAAUCCAUCUGAAAUUCAAAAAUCUGAAACUGUGAAAACCGUCGUGGAGGAGAAUCGAGCCACCACCAUCAGAACUACAGUAAUCCAAGGACCAGAAUCGCCAACUGGAGUUUUUAGUGUCAAACAGAAGACCGUGAUGAGUGUUCAUAAUACGUUCUUCCCAUCCAAGUGA